GGGCGCGCCCGCCGGGAGAGCAGACAGGUGCUGCUUGGCCGAGCGCCGGACCUCGGCGAGGCCGGUGUCUUUCCGGCAAGACCAGCUGGGAGGGGCUGGUGCCCCGGAGCGCCCCGCAGCGCAGCCGAGGCGGGGGAUGGCAGCCUGCGGUGGCGCCGCAGCAGCGGGGUUAUAGUCACGGUCCGGCACGUGCGCGGCUGCAGGAGCGAUCCCGGCGUGCUAUAGGGAGUAAGGAUGACCAGCUCCAGAGCCCCAGGCCUUGCCUGGGAGAUCACUUGGCUUGCCUUUGCCAUCUGUACUCAUCUGCAGACAAGAGCAGAACAAUCCCAAGGUGCAUACUUCCUGCCUGAGUUUGCACUUUCUCCACAAGGGAGUUUUCUUGAAGAUACAACAGGGGAACAAUUCCUCACUUACCGCUUUGAUGAUCAGACCUCCAGAAUUACACGCUCUGAUGAAGAUAAAGAAGGUGGCUGGGAUGCCUGGGGAGCCUGGAGUGAUUGCUCGCGGACUUGUGGAGGGGGAGCCUCAUAUUCUCUAAGGAGAUGUUUAAAUGGCAGGAACUGUGAAGGUCGCAAUAUUCGAUACAAAACCUGCAGUAACAAUGAUUGCCCUUCAGAUGUUGGUGACUUUAGAGCACAGCAAUGUUCAGCCUACAAUGAUGUCAAGUACCAAGGACAUUUUUACGAGUGGCUUCCUGUAUAUAAUGAUCCCAGUGCACCUUGUGCUCUUAAGUGUCAAGCGUUGGGGAAAAACUUGAUUGUAGAGCUUGCCCCCAAAGUAUUAGAUGGCACUCGCUGUAAUAUCGAAUCUCUGGAUAUGUGCAUCAGCGGCAUAUGUCAGGCAGUAGGCUGUGAUCGACAACUUGGGAGUAAUGCCAAGGAAGACAACUGUGGAAUCUGUGCAGGAGAUGGUUCAACUUGCAGGCUUGUGAGGGGACAAGCUAAGGCACAUGUUUCACCAGAAAAAAGGGAAGAAACUGUGAUUGCUGUACCGCAUGGGAGCCGCAGUGUGAGAAUUACAGUGAAAGGACCAGCACACCUAGUCAUUGAGUCAAAGACCCUGCAGGGAGACAAGGGAGAACACAGCUUUAAUGCCCCUGGAACAUUUAUCAUAGAGAACACAACUGUUGAAUUUCAGAAGCCUACAGAUAGAGAAAUCCUAAAGAUCCAAGGUCCUUUGGGAGCAGAUUUCAUUAUCAAGACCAGGUAUACUGCCCCCAAAGACAGUGUGGUUCAAUUCUUUUUCUAUCAACCCAUAAGUCAUCAGUGGAGACAGACAGAGUUCUUCCCCUGCACUGUGACAUGUGGAGGAGGUUAUCAGCUUAACUCAGCUGAAUGUGUGGAUGUUCGUUUGAAGCGUGUUGUUCCCGAUCACUACUGCCACUACUAUCCAGAAAAUAAGAAACCAAAGCCUAAACUAAAGGAAUGCAACAUGGAUCCCUGUCCUUCUAGUGAUGGAUUCAAAGAAAUCAUGCCGUAUGAUCACUUCCAGCCACUUCCUCGGUGGGAACAUAAUCCUUGGACUGCAUGUUCUGUUUCCUGUGGAGGUGGAAUUCAGAGGAGAAGCUUUGUUUGUGUGGAAGAGACCAUACAUGGAGAAAUAUUGCAGGUUGAGGAAUGGAAAUGCAUGUAUGCCCCCAAACCUAAGGUCAUUCAAACAUGCAACCUAUUUGAUUGCCCCAAGUGGGUAGCUAUGGAAUGGUCUCAGUGCACAGUGACAUGUGGCCAAGGGUUACGUUACCGAGUAGUAUUGUGUAUUGACCAUCGUGGACAGCACGUCGGCGGCUGUAAUCCACAACUUAAACUGCACAUAAAAGAAGAGUGUAUUGUGCCAAUACCGUGUUACAAGCCAAGAGAAAAAAAUCCUGUAGAGGCUAAACUACCAUGGUUAAAACAAGCACAAGAAAUGGAGGAGACCAGAACCAUAUCAGAAGAGCCAACGUAA